GUUUUGUUGUGAUUUUCGCGGCCUUAUUGCUUUCUGAGAAAGUGAGUUGUCAAAAUCUUCUGGCUGGCAGUAAUUGCACUAGCAAUAAUCCUCCUCAAUGCCUUUCUAACCACUGUGAAUCUGGAUUUUGCGCCCUCGGCAUACCUGGAGAUCCCUGCCACAAUUUGUCUGAUUGUAUCAGUGAAUGCGUAGCUUGCACUGGUACUGGCAAUACUAAGACAUGUCAUUCGCCAAGUCCAACAAUUCCCUAA